GUGGAGGACAACCCAAGUACCAGGCGGGUGUUUGACGAAAGGCGACGGGCGCUUGCACGGCCGCUAGCGAUAUCUUUCUUUAGUUGCCGUGGAAGGAGACAGAUGCAGCCGAGGAGCCGAAGAGGAAGAAGAAGCGUAAGGAGAGGGUCAAGAGGGAGGACGGCGGGGACCUGGCGGACUUCCUGCGGCAGAUGAAGGGGGAGCCCGAGGAGGAGGAGGGCGGCGAGGACGGCGGCGACGCGGCCAGCAGCGAGGAGAGCGAUGGGAACGUGGUUGAGUUCACCGCUGGCGACCACGAGACCUGGGAGAGGCUGCUCCGCGAGAAGAUGGAGAGGGCGGGGGUCACGGAGAUUCUCCCGGACGGGCUCUCGAUCACUGACGCCAAGGGUGCGCUGGUCGACCUGACUGGUGGCACCCGCCUCAGGCCGGAGCACUUCCCCAUCCGCGUGCGGUACUCGCUGCCAGUGGGCGGGAGGCCGAGACCGCCGUCGCCCGUGCGCGUCAAGAGCACCUACGUGCCCCUGAAGCGGACGCUGCCGCCGCAGCGCGGCGAGGCGAAGAGAGAAGACCCGGAGCAAGAAUGCCAGGAAGAAGACAAUGAGCCGAUCGUGGUCGAAAAGUCAGCCAUCCACAUAUCUGGCGUCAACGGCCUGACCAAGAAGCACGUGCUCCUUCUCAUCAAGGCGAAGGGGCUGCCGAUGCCUGACGGGUCGCAGGACCCAGACAGCAAGACCGCGAGUUCGAAACUGAAGCAUCUUAAGACGGAGGUCAUCAAGGAGGGCGAUCGCGUGAAGGCCAAGGACAGCGAUGCCGAUGGCGAAUGGGACGAGAAGGACCGAAACAAGUGGAAUUGGGCUACGGUCCAAGAGGUGCUGCACAAGGACGGACCCUACUUGCUGAGCUGGGACAACGCGAGCCACACCAGCCGCGUCGGCGCAGAGGCAAUCCAGAAAGAGUCGAUGCUGGUAGAGUACGCGACGGAAUACGGGGCCGACCUUGCGCUGAGAGGCUUCGAGACAGGGUUCAAGAACUUGAAGAUCGUCGACGACGGGUCAUCGGAGCAGAAUCCUGCGCUGUACCGUGCGCGCAAUGGCUUGAUGAAGUUCCGCUUCGCGACCUCUGCGGAUCAGAAGAACAGGAUCGAGCCGAAGAAGGAACCGAAGGCAGUCGAGCAGCGCAGCGGGCCAGACGAGAAGAGGAAGGAGCGGCCCCGCUGGGAGCGCGAGCAGUGCCUCCGCCUCCGCAUCAACGGGGACGCCGAGGAGGUGG